UAUAUCUCUCUUUCUCUCUCUAUAUCUCUCUCUAUAUCGACAAUCAAAUUCGUCUCUUUCUCUCUCUCUAUAUAUAUACUGUUCAUUUGUCUGCAAACCCUCUUCUCUCUCUCUAUAUCUCUCAAAGGUUUGUCAUUUUUCUUUGCAGUUAUGUCCUUUUUAUCUCGCCGUGAUUAUAUCUGAUCGGAGAAGAAGACUUAUCUUGAAGUUCUGUAGUAAUCAUCAUUUGUUACUUGUCGCCGGAAAUUGUCGGUUAUUUUACCAGUGACGGCGGGAAGAUCUGACUUUUGAUUAUUUUACAAUAAAAUUCAGAACUAGGGUUUGGAGUUGUGUCUUUGAUCUUACUAUUCGCUAUACUGUGGAGUUAUGCCGAGAAGUUCGCGGCACAAAUCUCACAAGAAGAGUAAUCAUAGGGAGCAAUCAGACUCUGAAGAGGAUGUGAAGACGAAGGAUAUGAAUGGAAGGGAUGAAUUUUCAGUUAGGAUCUCGAGCGAGAAGCGGAAAAUCUCUUCGUGUAAAGAUAGUUCAGGUCAUGGGAAUGGAGAUAUAAUGGAGGAGUACAUUUGUUCGAAGCGGAAGAGGGAGAAAACUGCUUCUGGUGUGGCUGCGGAUAGGUGGAAUGGAGAGGGGUAUGAUAGCAUAACAAUGGAGAAGGGAAUUAAGGGGGAUAAUUCAAGGGUUGACGCAGAUAAAAGUUCCAGAUCAAAAUCAUCAGCUUCUGAUUUAAGGAGCAAGAGCAGUAGAAAACAUGAAACUUCUGUUGAAAAAAGAGAGGGGAUUGUUGUAAUGGUGUCGGAGAAAGAAGAGAGUAGGACUGGCAGUAAAGUUGACUUGAAACGGAAUUCUGAAAAGGAUCAAGGGCGAAAAGAAGUGAAGGAUAGAGACAAAGGGUCGGAGAGGAAGGUGGAUAGUAAACGUGAUGUAGAUGUAAUGAAGAUGGAUCUUAACGAAGAGCGGCAAUCUAAACGUGAUAAAGAAAAUGCUGAUUGGUCAGUACAAGAUGAAUUCCGAAAUCUUGAGCUAGAGAAAGAGCUUGAAAAGCGGAUGAGGAGGAGGACUGAUAGCUCUAGAGAAAAACACCAAGCUGAUGUAAAGGAAAGUGAAAUUAGUAAACUUUCUUCUAAGAGUGACUCUGCAAAGAAUGGAAGACAUAAAGAUGAAAACCACAAAGACGGAAGUUAUGGAGAUAAACAUUUGGAAGAUGGUGACAAAGAAAGUCGUUACAGAGAAGAAAAGUUGCAGGAAGAUCCUGAGAGGGACAGGAGAAACAAAGCUGUUAAGCAUCGAGAAGAUGGCGAAAGAGAACUACGAUACAAAGAUAGUAAGUACCAUGACGAUGUUGAUAAAGACAGUAGACAUAGGGAUGAUAAGCAUCAUCGCUAUGAAGAAAAUAAUCUUCGCGAAGAUGGUGAUAGGGAUAAGAGAAAAAGAGAGGAUAAGUACCUUGAAGAUGACAAUGUAGACAGUAGUAGAUACAGAGAUGACAAACACCAUGAAACCAGUAACGGAGAGAGUAAGGACAAAGAUGAUAAAAUUCGUGAUGGCAGGCGCAGGGAUGAUAAAGACAACAAGCAUAGAGACGGGAAACAUAGAGAUGAUAACGACAGAGGUAAACGACUUCGGGACAUAAAGUAUCGGGAUGAGCAUUCGCGAGAUGGUAGUAAUGAUAAACAUGAUUCAAAACGUUCGAGAAUUGAAAGUACUUCCUUUGAUCGUCAUAAGAAAUCAACUAAUCAAGAUGUCUACGAUCACAAUUCACGGGAUAAAGAUGACAAGGAAAGGAGAAGGGGAUCUGAUAAGGAUUACAAUGACAGUAGAUCCUCCUUUAAUGCAAAGGAUCAAACUUCCGAGGUAGAUAAGAAGUAUGUUGGUGGUGCUAGAAUAGAUACAGUGAGUGACCAAGGAAAAUCUAGCUCGCGUAAUGCUGAUGUUGAGAUUUCUCCCAGCAGGAGCCGAACAAAGAAUUCCCCCAACUCUGGUGCAGCUUCCAAAAGCCAUAGCAGGAUUAUGCAAGAGGAUGUGCAUGAGGAGAGAUCUAGGAACAGGUCAUCAUCUAAAAAAGAAUUUGGUGGCACUGGAGGUGCUGUUGAGAAUGCUUCUUCUAUUUCAAGGUCAAUUGAAAGAUCAUCAAUCCACAAGGAUGAUCUUCAUUAUAGGGAGUUGUCUGUUGAAAAGCGUCCAAAGUUAGAUGCUCGCUCCUCGCCUUUGCAGCUUGUGGAUAAAUCGCCAUCAUCAACCCGCCAUUUUAGUAGAUCGGACGUAAAGAGGAGUUAUGACAUUGACGAUUCAGGACAAAGGAGUGGUGGGGGUUCAAAGGAUUAUAAAAUGGAGACAUUUCCUGGAAAUGAUGAUACAUUUUCUGCUUCUUCGCCUUUCACUAGAAGUAAUCACAAUUCGGGUGACUCAAGGUCUCUUCUACCUCCUCCGCACUUCAGGACUGGAGCUGACAGCCAUUCAAUUAUUGGAUCAAUGGAGGAUGAGAGUAGAGGUAAGUCAAACAAUCAUCGUAGUAACCGAAGGGUGGGUGAUUCUAAUAUGGUUAGAGCCCAAGGAAAUGCUUGGAAGGGUAUCCAAAACUGGCCUUCUCCUGUAGCAAAUGGUUUUAUGCCUUUCCAACAUGGCCCAGCUGCUGUAGGGUUUCAUCCUAUGAUGCAACAGUUUCAUACCCCCCCAAUAUUUGGUGUUAGGCCUCCAAUGGAAUUAAAUCAUUCUGGUGUUCCUUACCACAUGCCCGACACUGACCGAUUCUCUGUUCAUGGGCGUCCUCUUGGUUGGCGUAAUCCUAUGGAUGAUUCUACCCCACUCGGGUGGGAUGCAAAUAGUGCUGCUCUAUAUAGGGAUGAAUCUCAGAUGUUUGGAAGGAUAGGCUGGGACCAAAACAGAGCUAUUGGAGGUAUGCAGCCAUGGGAGACACGUCAAGAUCCAUGGAAGGGACAGCAAAGUGGUGCAAAUGCAGAACCUCAUAGAGGACGGGAUGGUGGUAUUAUUAACGGGCACUCAGAUGAUGUUUCAAUUGCACAAUCAGCUGCGCAAUCUGAGAAUGAUCUAAACCUGCAAACUAUUAAGGUGGAUGGCGGUGAUAUUACUCAGUCUAUUGCUGUUGUUGUUGAGAAGGAGAUUACCGUGGCUCCCAAGACUGUUUCUGAGGAGGAGGUACAGAAACAAUUGGAGAUCUCAAAGAAAGAUGAUGAUGAUUCUCGCAGAAUUAUUUAUCUUUCCAAGAUUGGCGUUUCUGUUGAUCUAACUGCUCCUGACUUUUAUGAUAGUUGCAUGAACUUCAAGGACAUUGAAGACGAUUCAGUAAUUUUAUUUCUAGAGGGUGCAAUGCAAAACAGGAAAGGGAAAUUUGGUAACACUUCCAAGAGUUUACCACAACCAACCGCAAAUGACGCUAUUUUCCAGGUAUGUUGACAUUUUGUAUUUUUGACCUUUUUUC